AUGGUCGGUGUUACAGCACAGCUCGUCUUGGCCAUUCUUUCACUUACCUCAAUCGUUUCCGCCACGGAUGAUUGGGAAAACACAUACAACAAUGCUCCAGCAGAGCAUGACUGGCCGUCGGUCGAAGACGUGCUCUUCCCUCCUGACUUCCAGUCCAAUCCCAUCAACCCUGGCAAUAUCGACUGGACCAAAGACUGGCUGUCACAAGAAGACACGAAUGGGGCUUCGUUGCUUGGCACUCUUGAUGCGCCCAAGUAUCGUCCCUACAUGGAUGCGGAAUCUUAUGGCUCAGCCUUAGCCAAGUCGAAGAGCAAGUCUGGCUCCAAAGCAGCGGUCGCGUACCCCUGGGGUGGCAGAACAGCAAAGCUCAAUGAUCCCUACCAUGACCUGCCGGUAACCAACCAGACGCGCUCAUACCAUUUCGUGAUCGAGCGAGGCAUCAAAAGCCCCGACGGCGUCCAGCGACAUGUCAUGCUUAUCAAUGGAGAGUUUCCAGGGCCUACCAUCGUUGCCGACUGGGGUGACCGCAUCAAUGUCACUGUUGAGAACCGCAUUUCCGACCCUGAAGAGGGUUUGGCUCUUCACUGGCAUGGCAUUCUCCACCGGGGUAGCCCAUGGGAAGACGGCGUUCCAGGCAUUACUCAACAUCCCAUUGCCACCGGCGAGACGUUCACUUACUCCUUUAUUGCCGAUCUCUAUGGUACGACAUGGUACCACAGCCAUUACAGCGCCCAGUAUGCCGACGGCGUCUUCGGUGCCAUGAUCAUCCACGGUCCCAGCCACGUUGACUACGACGAGGACCUUGGCCCUGUUCUCCUUUCGGAUACUUAUCACCGCGACUACUUUGACCUUCUGGAGGAUAUUAUGGGCAACGACCUGAACAAGACCAAGGAAGCCCUCUUCUCCAGCAAUAACUUGAUCCAAGGCAAGGGUACAUACGACUGCAGCUUGACCACCCUACCUUGCUACAGGAACGGGGGCUACGCCAAGUUCCACUUUGACAGCGGCAAAUCGUACAGACUCCGUCUGAUCAACUCGGGCGCCGACACCAUUCAGCACUUCAGCAUCGACGACCACACGUUGACUGUGAUUGCCAACGACAUGGUUCCUGUUGUUCCCUACGACACUGACGUCGUCGUGCUCGGGAUCGGUCAACGGACAGACGUUGUAGUCACGGCCAACUCGCAACUGGGGGCGGUAUGGAUGCGGUCUAAUAUCACCGCCUGCUCGCUUGCGAAGCAGCCCAAUGGCCUCGCAGUCAUCUACUACGACGACUGUGAUACAACCAUCGAGCCCACCAGUCCCGCAUGGCCUCCACGCCCGGACCUGUGCGCCAAUGAUGACCUAUCCCUGACCGUGCCAUACUACCCCAUCCCAGUUCCGGCCACGCCCGAUAAGACUAUCACCAUCGAAGUCAAUUCUACCAUCAACGCUACUGGCAAUCUGGUGUGGACCAUGAACGAGUCCAGCUUCCGAGUGAACUAUAACGACCCUGCACUCUACCGUGCCCAUGCCAACGAUCCUGGUUUCGUAUACCCACCAGAGUGGAAUCUGUACAACCUCGAGUCUUCCGAGUCGGUGCGACUGGUUGUCAUUAACCACAGUCCCAUUGGCCACCCCAUGCACUUGCACGGUCACAACAUGUACGUCCUGCACGAAGGAAAGGGCUACUGGGACGAGUCGAGCAUAAUCCGGCCCGAGAACCCUCAAAGGCGAGAUACCCAGAUGUUGAGGCCCGCAGACCCGAAGGCCGGGACGCCCAGUCAUAUUGUGAUUCAGAUUGAUUCCGACAACCCAGGUGUAUGGCCGUUCCAUUGUCAUAUCGCAUGGCAUGUCAGCGGUGGUCUAUACGUCAACCUCCUUGAGCGUCCAGCGGACAUCCCCACCCUGAACAUUCCUCAGGAUGUCCUCAACCUACAGACGGCCUGGGACCAAUUUACUGGUGAGGGCCCAAUUAAUCAAAUUGACUCCGGCUUGUGA